AGAAAUCAGUGUGAGCCUUGUCCCUUGGCAGACACCGGGCACCUUGAACAGCCAGCAGUCCAGGUAUUUUGAGACGCCAUGCAGUCGCCGGUCGCCGCUCCACUCGCCGCCUCGCCCGCCGCGUCCUCUGAAGCUCCAGCGGCGGCCUCAGCCUCAGCCUCAGCGUCGACCUCGGGGCUGCAGUCGAGCGCAGGCGGGAGCUCGCAGGCGCGGGCCCCUGGCCGAGACGCCCCCGCGGGAGGGGCGUUGGAGGCGCCGCCCUCUUCGCCCAGCUCUGCUUCCUCUCAUCCCUCGGCAGAGCUCUCGAUGGGCCUCUUGGACGGCGAGGCCGGGAGCCUCUGUGGCGACGCGGCGGCCGGCGGCUGCGUGUUCUUGCGGCGCGUGCGCAGUCUGCCCGCGGUGCAGGGUCUGCUGGGCGCGUACGCCGGCGCCAAGGCCUACCCGGGGGUGGGCUGGGCCUUGUCGGUGGGCGAGAAGUCCGUCUUGCUUGCGACAGCGGUGUGCAGGCCGGUGGCGUUCUUGUGCGGCGUGCCCCAAUCGUUCGCAGACUGGUCCAUGCAAGGCCCUGGACGUGGCGGAGAUAGUCGUUCCUUGCGUUUCGUUGCCUCCAAACAAGGUGUGCGGAUGCGCGAAAGACUACGUGGCGAACUGCGUCUCCUGUCAUCGGUGCGCCGCUGCAAGGUGUCUACCUACUAUUUGCUCGGCAUGUUCUCAAGAGGACUAAUCUCCUCUUCAUUCGUCCUUAUUUUAAACAUAGUUUCCAUAAAUCUUGCUCGUAAAACGAUUAAUUUUAUA